GUCGCUGUGGAAGAGCCACACUUCUGCUUUCCACCGGGAGAAACUAAAGUCUGCGGCUGAGAUGGAGCUGUGGAAGAAAGCUGCGCUGUUCACACACGCAUUCCUUUUCAGUUUCUGCUGUGCUGUGGAUUUGCUGUGCACGGUGAAAAGAGAUGGCAGCCAGAUGGUUCACAGCAUCUCGCUGGAGUCUCAUGCUUCAGGUUUCCAGUCAGCCACAUGUGAUUCCACAUGGAGCAACGAAACUACCAUGCUCUCUACCAGCUCAUACCAACAUUCAUCACUGAUGACAAACAGCUUCCACACUCUAGAGAGAUCCGACUGCCAUGACUACAUUUUAUGGAAGGCACAGUGCUGGUCAGCAGAGAAGAUGGAACUGACAGAAUACACAGCCAACUGCACCACAACAUGUGCUGUGAUGAACUUGGGUCAAGUUGGAGACUCAAAAAUCUCGAUUUACCCCAUCAUUGGAGUCUUAUUGCUUCUGGGCAUGUUGGGUCUCAUCCUGUCCUACAAAUUCAAAGCAGACAUUUGCAGGUUUGUUUUCUUCCCCUCUGUAACAUCCUUACAAAAGCCAAAUGUUCUGAGAGUAGUGAAAUCGUGCUGUGUUUUGUGUUCGCAGGAUGUUAACAUUUUUGAGACGUCUCUACAUGCCUGUACCAAAUCAGAAUGAUGCAGCCCCAUCCAAAGUGGUGGUAGAGUCAGGAGGAAGCUGAUGUACUUGCAGUUUCUUUUAUUAUCAGACAGCAUCUUAGAAAAUAAUUAUUGUGCCUCUUGCCGUUAGAGUUUUUCUGCUAAAAACUGUACUUAAGCUAAACAUUGUUGCCUAUAUUUGAUGGCAGCAUCAAUUAUCAAUGCACUGUUACUGCCAUUAGCAUAGCACUCCAGUUUUACAUUUGUGUACAUUUAAAAAAAUACAUAUAUAUUUAUCUUACUGUGUUUUUUUUUUAGUAAAUUAGUUUAUAUUAUCAUUAAUUUAAAGAACAAAGAUGCUUAUGUUUUUAACCGCAGCUAAUCAUUUUGGACAGAAAUCCAACAUUAAUUGAUGUUUUAAAAAUCAAUAAUCUUCCCAGCCUUAAUAAUAAUUUCUUCUGCUGAAGUAGUGUGACUUACUGUUACACAGAUGAAUUAUUUAUGGGGCUGUGGAAGCCUCUGUGCUGCACCAGUGUGUGCACCAUGUGAGCCAUCAGCAUCCCCCUGAACCCACCCCCACUGUGAAAGCCUGAAAGCUGUGGAAGCUUAAAGAUGAAGCACCAGUGAGUGUUCCUUUAGCAUCCUGUAGCAUUAUGAACCAAUGUUUAUAAACUAUAUAUUGUGCAUAUAAGCUAUACACAGAAAGUGACUAUUAUUAAUAGCUUUUAUUAUUACACUAACAAGAUAUGAGCAUUAAUUAUGAUGAUAAAAUAUUAGACUUCAGAGUCAAAUCCUGACUCUGCUAUUAAUGUUAUUAUACAUACAGAAGGUUUUUGUAUGUGUUAUACCUGUACUGUACUGUGUGGACUCAUUUCUGUGAAGUUAGAUAGUGUCUUUCUAUUUUUUCUACUUUUAUCACUGUUUCACAUUUCAUAAGCUGCACUGUUUACUGUCGCAAUAUUUUGACCAGCUUAAUAAACUAUACCAGUUGCCAACAUAA